CGCGUACGGCAGUCGCGGCCGAGACGCACGCCCGCGUGUAGCUCUGCGUCGUACAACGAACAUUAUCGGGUAAUUACGUAGUGAUCACAGGCCUAAGUUAGUACGGACGGUGUUCAAAACUGAUUAUAAUGUCAUGCAGAUAAGAUAUAUCGAUAUAGCAGUCGUGUCGUGUGUUGCAGUGAGUAGCAUACGUUUAAAGUGUAUUCCAGUGCUUUUUGAGUUUGGAUUUUUGCGUUAGUGAGAUCAACACCACAAAAUGUCAUCACACGCGCCAUCAUCAACGACAAGGCACUGAGAACCCACCAGCCAUGCCGUCCACACGCAAACGUCUACACCGGUGACUAUUGAGCGUUACACGAUGGCGCUGUUGACCAACUCGUCAGCAGCGGGGGGUGCGACGGCGGGACCCGGCGGGCCACAGGCCCACCACUCCGCGACGCCCCUGCACCACUACUUCCACUAUCUGAAACAGCCGUCGCCGCUCGCGCAGAACCCGUACGCGCACUCGGGAGCGCAUCAUAUGGGCAUGGGGCCAGGGCCGCUCGGGGGUCUGGGCCCCUUUGGAUUGACGCCGCAUGGGUUGGAGGCUGUCGGGUUUCCUCAGGGAGUGAACCCACGUAAGCAACGCCGCGAGCGGACAACCUUCACGCGGGCGCAACUGGACGUUUUGGAGGCGCUGUUCGGCAAGACGCGGUACCCGGACAUCUUCAUGCGCGAGGAGGUUGCGCUGAAGAUCAACCUGCCCGAGUCUAGAGUACAGGUAUGGUUCAAAAACCGAAGAGCGAAAUGCAGACAACAACUCCAACAGCAAACAAACACGCAGAUCACGAGCAAAUCCUCAUCUAGCACGAAAACAACCGUCUCUAACACCCUAAAAAGCUCUUCAUCCACCUCCAAAAUUACCACAUCCAAAUCCUUGACCAGCUCCGCGAACAGCCUCACCACCAGUAACAGCAUCACUACCUCUUCCCCAAACCUUCCUAUCACUCCAACAACGUCAGUCAGCCCCCCAAUCAACGUAAUAUGCAAGAAAGAGGCCGCGGCGAACUACGAAUCGUCACCUCUCAACAAAAAUAGCUUGACCUCGCUCACGCACUACGGGAAUGACGGUAGAGCGAGCGGGAAGGAGACUGAUCCCGUCUCCAACAUCCACGGGUACGGGGUGACGCCUAAACAGGAGUUAUACAGCAGCCCAAAGAGAUUGGACUACUCCAGUAAGUUGGACUACUCGGAGAAGUCUUUCGGCAGUAACUUGGUGAAGGAUCAGUACAGCUCGCGGCUGACGGGGAACCUGACGCCGCUGGGCUCCAACUCCUCGAUAAUGACGACGCCAUCACCUCCAAUUACGCCGCAGAGUAUCAAUGGGCCAGGGAACGUGUACCACCCGGACAGCUAUAACAGCUUCCAUUGGCCAGGCAGCUCGGAUUACAUAAGGAGCUACUCUACGUCCCACCAUCAUCAGGGGUACGGGCAGAGCGCAUACAACUCGCCCUACUACCCUAGUCAGAUGGAGUACUUCAACGGUUCAUCGGUAAACCAAUCGCACGCCAGCCACCACGGCCACAACCUGACAACCAACGGCAACCAGCUGUACAACCAGGUGUCAUUCGGCAACCCAUCACCGCCGGCCGCUUGGCCGUCACACAACAUCCUCUCCUCAGGGCCGGAAUCACCAGAGAAUCAGCAGAACUCGCCCCAUCUGAGCAUGCUUCAAGCGACGCAGAUAAGUAACUUCUCCAACUCCGGGAACAGUUAUUUCGCACCGGAAAAAUACGGUAUCAACAUGGUUUAGUGGUUCUAGUCCUUGUAAAUAUUAUGUAAAUGAUUUUAUAGCGUAAUGCCGCGGUUUUUGGGGUGUUUUUAUGUUUUUCGGACGUCUGUGAUCUUGGUCUGUUUUGGAUUGGAAUUUAUAGUAACGAAACACAAACAUACUUUUUGCGAAUUUCUCUUCACAAACAGACCGUUGUACUGUGUUUUUGGUAAUUUUCAAACUUUACCAAACCACCAAACAUUUUGUGAUUAAACAUUCCGCCGUGGAAGUUUGAAAAGUAUCAAACACACUUUAACUCGUAUCAAAAUGUGUACAAAACAAAAAAACACUCUUCAAACCGCGUGUCGAUACUCAAUUGCAUUUUGGUGAAGCCGUUGCCCACAGCUGGGCGUGGGACUGUCCUCGAGCUCCCGAAGGGCCGCUCUGGGCCGUUUCUUGCGGGCCUAAUUUAUUUCUGGCCUAAACUAAAUCAAGGGCAAGAUUCAAAGUCAUGCUCCGGUACAAAAACCAUUCCAUUACCAAAAACUUCGCAAUAAAAUAUUUAAAGCAGAAUAAAGUAUGACCUUGGUCCUUGCUCUGAUUUAAAAAGAAAUCAACGAAAUAAAACGAAGGCCUAUUAAAUUAUAUCGAACUCAGACCCGAGUUAAUUUAGAUUUAUAUAUGUAUAGAAAAAAAAGAUUUAACGCUUCAAAACCGUGUAAAAAUUGAAGUCAUAUCAUAUUAUGUGAAAAAUUUAAUUCUUUCUAGGUUAUGUUUAGUGACGGAACUCGCUAAAUUCAAGCGUUUAUAGUGUUACAUAACACAGAGACUAUGGCGCCCUCUACAAUUUUAAACUAUUUAAACUAUCACAGCCUAAACUGCAGACUGAAGGCUUAAAUUCAAUAAUACUCAAUACUAAACAGUCAUUUAAAAAUGUUCUAAAUAGUUUCAAAAUUGCCGCUAGGGGCGCCACUGAGUCUGUGUUGCCAUUUGUAAAUAUUAAGAGUUAUUUUGUAUAUGUGUGUGCCCAGAUUGUAAAUGUGACGUAGUGUAAGGACUUUCGUAUUUUUUAUAUUCACCAGUGGGCGUAGUGGGACGUUACAUAUUGUAUGCUUCGUACUAUACAGGUAUCUAUGUAAAUUAUUAAAAAACUAGAUCGAUCUAGUCUGAUUUUUUUUCAUGAGUACAAAAUUUCAAUCCCAGUGGUUUUUUUCCUUGCUCUUUUAGAGCAGGAUAAUUUUGUCUUCUCUACCUACGCCCACAACCACCAGUGACAUGACCCUGCCAUAGACUAGAUUAUCUAUGGCGUCAUAGACAAACCCGCGUUGAAUGAGGGUUAAUUGUUAUUUCGAUAACCGAAAUUAUAUCGAGCAAUAUUUUAAUUUUUAAUGAAUUAAAAAUGAAAUGCUUCGAAACGCCAUUUUAAAUGUCAAAUGUAAAUUCUAAAUUUGAAAUUCGCCGGCAACGACCAAUGAGAGCUGGCGAGUUAUCACUGACAUCUCAUUGGUCGAAACGGCCAAUUUAAAAAUGGAAUUAAUGAAAUUAAAUGCUAAAGAGAUUAUUAGUUUAAUUUAAUUGUUUAUUUUAAAAUUAGUAAUUUAAUUAAUUAAAGUCCAACUGGAAGAGUGUAAGUUUGUAAUUUAUAGUAAAAGUUUUAAGGUUGGACAUAGCUAAGUUAGUUAUAAGCACGUAAGUACAGCGUUCGGUAAAGAGUCAGUGUAUUUUUUUGUAACUUAAGUUGUAUUUUAACUGAUAGCUAUUGAAAUAUUGAAUCCGAAUAUAUGCAUAUAAAAUACA